AGAGUAUUAUCUUUGUUUUUAACUGCUAUCAAAAUUUCAAGUGAUUUUUUUUUCUGCGCCACUGAAAAAAAUCAAAAGGAAAAGUGCCGACGCGCGCGCGGGCGGCCCGGGAGAGAGCAUGUCGAGCUUCGACGACGUGCCGCGCGAGCCCCUGCUGCAGCACUUCACCCGUGCCGCGGGCCCAGCCGGCAGACGCCCUCCGGCCCGUAAGAUUCUGAUGAACUUCCUGAAUUUUUAUUCGCCAGAAACAGUCCAAGAGCUGCAAUGUUCCCGUGACUGAUGCUACUACCAGUACUUUUCUUCGAUAAUGGAUGAAGAUGCAAUACCACCAGGAGCAGCGCCGCAGAAAGGUCCUCCAACACCUUCCCCUUUACCUUCGCCCCAGGCCCAGACAGUUCUCCCAGGUCUUCCGGUGCAAGAGCUGGGAAAAUCGUCUUACAAUGAGAACGAACAGGACGAAUACUUGUCUACAGAAGAAAAUGGUUGGGACUCCGACGAAGACGAAUAUGAUGAAGAGGAAGAGUCCGAGGACGAAACACCCGUCAAACGCGAGCAGUGCGUCAAGUGCCAGGAGUUGGACCUGCCCGAGGCCCUGUGGCGGGUGUGCGUGUGCUCGCCGGACAGGGCGCACCAGGCGUGCCUCGAGGCGUGGCUCAGGCGCACGCAGCUGACCGCGUGCGAGACGUGCGGCUACCGCUACAACCUGCGCCUGGUCGCCAGCCACGUGCUCGGCGUCAGCAUCUGCGUGUGGCUGCGAGACCACGCCGACACCAGGGAGGUGCUGCUGGUGCUGUUCCUCAGCGUCCUGGUGCUGGCCGAGGCCUUCCUCAUGGACGCGUACCUGAGCGAAGUGACGGCCGAGAUCCUCGUGCCGCCGGUGGACGGCGACCCCCGCGAGUACCUGACCAACCUGCUGGAGUACUGGCGGUUCGUGUCGGAGAGCUGGCGGCAGUUCCUGCGCCAGCUGACCCUGCCGCUGCCCUUCGUCGCGCUGGCGGCCGCCGCGCUGGCGCUGCAGCUGGCGCUGCUGGUGCCGCUGCUCGCGCCGCUCGUCGCCAAGUUCCGCGACUGGUACGAGCACACCUUCGUCCUCAAGCUGGUGGAGGAGCCGCCUUCGCCCGCCGCCGCCUGGUCCCAUCCCCCGUGAACCCGCCCGCCGAACAAACCACAGACUUGUCCGCAUUGGUUAUAGCUAUUCCGGAGCCAAGGCGUGUUUUAGGAUUGUCAAAUGGAGGCACAUGGACCUGCUAAAUAAAGAUUAAGUACGCAUUUGCAA